CACACCCACCCUAUAGGCUGUCAAAGGGCCACGGCAAAGGGCUAUAGCCGAGAGAAUACCACUCAGAGACAGUUUAGGGCUGUGUGUCUUCCUGGGGUUCGUGGCGGUCUUCCUAACCACCCCCUUUUGCUCGCUUCUGGUGUCUUGCAAACUAGAACCAGUAGUUCAACCGUCACCUGAUCAGAAACGUCGGCACGACUCGGACUCGGGACAGGACGGGCACGACCACCCGGUUCCUUGCUCGGGUGCAGCGAUUACAGGUAGUCCCUAAAAUGAGCGACUUUGCGGCUUACCCCGUUCAGACAAGCUCGCCAGCCUCCUCAAAUGGCACAGUUCUCCCACCGUCUUUGCCAGGCACAAGUCUGAGGAAAGAGCGCGGUGCCAUCGCCGCUCAGGCCUGCGAUACCUGCAGGGCUCGCAAGCAGAGAUGUGACGAGCAAAGACCAAAGUGCGGCACUUGCCAGAGAUUCAAUGUCGAGUGUCACUACAGGGAACCACAGCCUACAAAGAAGGACAAGACGCUGGUAGAAAUCCUGGAUAGGCUCAAGGUCCUAGAUGUUCUCAAUGUCCUCGAGAACAAGAUUGACCACUUGAGUUGGCGCAUGGACCAUUUAGUGGCCACAUGUCAUCCCAACACAAACUCCACGACGACGGCAACUCACCUCGCCCCUCCUCCCCCUCUCACCACUUCCACUGGGCAUUCCGUUGGCAUCCAUGGAGUACGUCCUGCCGUAGAACACUACCACUCGUCAGAAGGACUGUCUAAUGGGGGGCCUCAUGCGCUCCCCAAUAUUGCUUCGCUCACCGAGGAUCACUAUCAGUAUGUGUCUGCUGUGCAUCAGAUGCUGGCGUGGCCGGCAAUACAAGGCCACCUGGCGACCAUUCAGCCCAAAUGCCCUACCCGUAACCUCAAGUCGGUUGCGACUGACGGUCCGGCCAUGGCACUUGGUGCUCAUCUCCCAAUGGACCACACUAUACCCAUAAGCGUGCAAACUGGCGAAGACUAUAAUCUUGGGCCUGUCUCGGCCCCAAUAUCAGCCUUUGGAUUGGAUUGGGACAUUAUGCAAACGUUGAGCAAGGCUUACUUUGACACCAUUAGCCUCCUGCAUCCUAUCUUGGACCGCCAUAUCUUUUUGACUCAAACACUUCCGACUUUGUUCAAGAACGGAGUCGAUCACAGACUACAGUCCACCAUUGCGUUUCUCGUCUUUGCUCUAGGCGAGGUUGCUCUAGGUAACUAUAGGGGCGCACCCAUCAAUGCACACGGAGGGAGGCUGAGCGGUAUGAGGGGAGGUUCCAAAAGUCACCCACCUGGCAUUAUGUUGUUUAACGAAGCGAGGAAACGUUUGGGCUUUAGUGUUGCCGAGACGAGCCUCGAGAUGGUACAGGCAUACACGUUGGCUAGUACCUAUUGCGCAACCUGCUCAUAUCCCAUGGGAUUUUGGAAAAUGAUUAGAGAAGCGUCUUUGGCCUGCCAAUCCUUGAUCAUGAUUAACCCAGGGGUGCUCUCUUCUCCGCAAGCAGACUUGCUCAGAAGAGCAUUUUGGCAUUGUGCCGUCAUGGAAACUUGUCUCAACCUUGAGCUAGGGUUCCCACUUACAGGCCUCGAGAAGAUGGAAAACGUAGUCAGCCUCCCCGACUUCAGUACCAGCUUCACAGACUACGAUUAUGUCAGCAACCAAGAGACACAAUACCAAGAGCACUUUGCGUCUCAGAUAGCUCUUAGGAGGCUGCUUGUGGAAUUUCACGGGACGCUCAGUCGAUCACCAUACAACACCACUGCUCCCAGCACUAGCAGCACCCCAAAUAAGAUCCGCCAUAUGGCAACGGAUCUCGAGCGCUGGCGUAGCUACCUUCCCUCUAACCUACAGUGGCAAGAAGACACACCCGGCGCCUUUCCGUCGAGCGCAACCGCCUACGAUGGCCCAAGCAUCUACAGCCCCGUCACGACAGCAACGGCGACUACGACCACGAACAGCACCCCGGCUGUCUCUCCCAUGCUUCCAACUCCCCAAGCAGGCACCACGUUCAUGAGCUCCGUCAGCCCGGGCGUUAGCAGCAGGGUCUCCAUGGCCGGAAGCGGCGUCAUGCCACAAGCCUUAGCCAAUGUCACAGCUUCCGGCCUUCGCUCCCCCCCGAUGUCCCACCAACAGCCGAUUCUCAACUCCGGCCUUGGUCCCCAACAUCAACCAGUGCCUCAACCACAAAUGUUCACGGCCGACCUCGACGCCCCUCCUAUCCGCUAUCCGUAUGCCCACGACGUGCAGGUAGCCCUGCUCCGCUCCCGCUACUACUACGCCAGAUACCUCAUCCACCGCCCUUUCCUCUAUAAAGCCCUGCACCACCCGGACGCCAUGAUGCAAGAAGACGCCAUCGGCGCCGCCGAGUGUCUCAAGGCCUCGCUCAAGUGGCCCAUUGCCAUGUCCCCCUCGUCUCUGCAAAAGCGGUUCGUGCCCUGCCCCUUCUUCUUCACGCAGAAUUUCUUUGGGAUCUUGGUUCUUCUGCAUUUGGUUCUGAGCGACAAGGUGCCGAUUCUGACCAAGAUCAAGGAUACUCUGUGUGGAGGAGAGAGGUUCGAGCUGGAGGCCAAGAAGACAGUGGAGCUGUAUGUGGAUUGGAUUCGGGAUCUGAAGGAUGUAGAGCCGAGUGCGGUUUGGGAUUGGGAUGUUGUCUGUGCCAUGUAUGGAUUGGAGAGGAAUGGGUAAUGGUAGAGCUGGAUGAGAAAGAGUCUUAAAGGGUUAUGAAAGUAACGAGGGAAGUGGUAUGA